AUGCAUCUUUUUGAUACAUUUCUAUUGGUUAUUACCACUGUUUUCGUGGUCCAAGCUUGCAAUCCUUUGAGAGGACCACCAGGACGAGAUGGACGGGAUGGAAGUGUGGGAGAUCGAGGAGAGCCGGGAGAUGAGGGACCAGUUGGAGACGAAGGUCCACCCGGAUUGCCUGGAAUUGAAGGUCCACCAGGAGAUGAGGGAGAUGUGGGAUUGCCUGGAGAAGUCGGUGAUCCAGGACUGCGAGGUAUAAGGGGUCAAAGGGGAGCAGCAGCAGGAUAA